GCAACCACGAGCUGGGCGAACAUUCCUGCUGGCGUUCGCCGAGGCCAGGAAGGAUUCGUCCAGCGACUGCGGCAGAAAGGCAGUGGUAAUGAAACGUAGCGAGGACAUGGGCAAAACAUGGAGCAAAUUGAUGAAUGUGUAUGGUCUAAACGUGAGUGACAUUGUUGCAGGCAAUCAGAUAGUGGUGGUGAAUGAUGAGACCGGAGCAGUGAUGUGUAUCUACUCCACCUCACCGGCCGGCAAGUCCUGCAGCCCGGCCAGCGCUAACUGGCAGACUGUCAGUUAUGAUGCCGGAGAUCACUGGUCAACGCCCGUCGACAUCUCCAAGUUCCUAGAGCCGUACGCUGGUGUGAGCUCGGGACCUGGUGAUGGACUGCAACUGACACAGGGGAAAAAGAAGGGGCGUCUUGUGUUUGCGGGCCACUACGGAGCGUAUCGCGAGGACAUCGUGUGGUACUCCGACGACAGCGGUCUUCACUACACGCGCCCCAACGUAACGUUUCCCAAGAUGGACGAGGCCACACUCACGCAGCUUGCGAACGGCUCCAUCCUGUUGAACAUGCGCAACGCACACGCAUCGUCGUGCGACUGCCGUGCAACAUCACGCAGUGACGAUGCAGGCGAGACUUGGACACCGAUUCGCUACGACCCGACGCUGAUCUCACCCAUCUGCCAGGCAUCACUGGCCCAGAUCGAAAGCCGCCUCUACUUCUCGAAUCCUGCGUCGACCAAGUCCCGCGAGAACCUCACAGUACGGGUAAGCGAUGAUGGCGGUACAACGUGGAUUAAGAAGACACUGCUUGUCCAGGGUGGCUCAGUAUGGGGUGGGUACUCUAGCUUGGUACCUGACGAGAUCGGUACAGGACUUGGUGGGGUGCUGUACGAGCGUUACUCCAACGGCAAGCAGGCUAUAUCCUUCUCGGCGUUUCCUCUAGACUUUGACAAAAUGUAACCUAGCAACCUGUGUUCCUAUUUGCAGUUCUAGAUACAUACUGCACCUGUGGUUGUCUGUAGCUAAAGAAGUUACUCCUGUGGCUGUCUGUAGCUGCAGGUGGUACUCCUGUCCUGCUGUACCAGUUAAGAUUCUUUGUUAUUCUCAUGCACCUACUGGUGGGUGGCCAUGUUGCCAGUUGACAGUACUAAGACAGAUGUGUUACUUGUUCAAGUAAACAGCUGGUGUUGGGCAGCUUGUUCGGCCUCGAACACAACCCAGUCUGUUUUCAUACCUGCCAUGGCGAUCCAGAAAAAGCACUCUCAGUACUUGG